AUCAGACAAAAAGAAACCAGGAAGUAAAGGGCAGUUGUUACAGUCUGCACAUAGUUCAGCAUGUUAAAGGCAAUAGCUUGGGCUGCUUGGUUAUUCAUUAGCAAAAAGGAAAGAGCAAUCCGGAUCAAGACGGGUCAAACACCAGGCGCAGAAGCAGCAGACUCAAAGGCAAGCUGUGGCGGUUUUAUCGGGCGUUUCUUUCUCCUGUUAACUUUCUCUUGGGACAAAAGGCAAGAUGGCUCUUUUCUGUUCUGCAAUGUUUUCCUAAACAAAGCCUUCUUACUUGUAUUGAUUUUUUGCUGAGGGAUUCCUAAGCAGAUAAGAAGCAAGGGCAUCUUCCACAGAGCAAUUUCCGGCUCCCACCACUUGGCUGUGGGGCAACAGCCACUGUCACAAAAAUCAAGUGGUGGCUGGUGGCUCUCUAGGGAAAGCUUGCUGUAGACAUAUCUGCUGAACUCUGUUGGAAAGAACUUUGAAUACCCUCAAAGUGUGGGAAGGUGGUGCUGAUGAGGAAGAAUAAAAAGUGGAUCUACCUAGACUGAGAGGAGAGGGAGAAGAUCCUCUCCCUUACACUCCACCUGGGCACAAUGGGCAACAUGGUUCUAAGACUCUGGGAAUACUUGGAGCCCUGUCUCCCCUGCUUGUCCCGGGAAGCGGACAAGCCGGUGGUGAUUGAGAAUCCAGGAGCCUGUUUCUCCCCAGAAGUCCCUCAGCCACAAAAGAAGGAGCCCGAGAGAAGCCAUGGCAAAUACUAUGUGGCCCUGUUUGAUUACCAAGCUCGAACUGCAGAGGACCUCAGCUUCCGUGCCGGCGACAAGCUCCAAGUCUUGGACACUUCCCAUGAGGGCUGGUGGUUGGCCAGACAUUUGGAAAAACGGGCAGAUGGCUUCGGCCAGCAGCUGCAGGGCUAUAUUCCUUCUAACUAUGUGGCAGAGGACAGGAGCCUGCAGGCAGAGCCGUGGUUCUUUGGAGCAAUCAAAAGAGCAGAUGCAGAGAAACAACUAAAAUAUUCAGGAAAUCAGACGGGUGCCUUUCUAAUCAGAGAAAGUGAAAGUCAGGAGGGAGACUUCUCCCUUUCAGUUUUAUAUGAAGGAGAUGUGAAACACUACCGAAUUAGAAGACUGGAUGAAGGAGGUUUUUUCUUUACGAAGAGAGUGACCUUUUCCACACUGAAUGAGCUUGUAAGCCACUAUUCCAGGGCAAAUGAUGGCUUAUGUGUCACACUGGGAAACCCGUGCUUAAAGGUACAGGUUCCAGCUCCUUUUGGUUUGUCCUAUAAAACUGUGGACCAAUGGGAAAUAGAUCGCAACUCAGUGCAGCUUCUGAAGCGAUUGGGAUCCGGUCAGUUUGGUGAAGUGUGGGAAGGCCUAUGGAACAAUACCACUCCAGUUGCAGUGAAAACUUUAAAACCAGGUUCAAUGGAUCCGGAAGACUUCCUGCGUGAGGCACAGAUGAUGAAGAGCCUAAGACAUCCAAAACUUAUCCAGCUUUAUGCUGUUUGCACUUUAGAAGAUCCAAUUUAUAUUAUUACAGAGUUGAUGAGACACGGAAGUCUACAAGAAUAUCUCCAAAAUGACGGUGGGUCAAAAAUUCAUCUGCCUCAACAGGUGGACAUGGCAGCGCAGGUGGCUUCUGGAAUGGCUUACCUGGAGUCCCAGAACUAUAUCCAUAGAGACUUGGCUGCCAGAAAUGUCCUUGUUGGUGAACAUAAUAUCUACAAAGUAGCAGAUUUUGGACUGGCCAGAGUUUUUAAGCAGGUAGAUAAUGAAGAUAUCUAUGAAUCCAAACAUGAAACCAAGCUGCCAGUGAAGUGGACGGCACCUGAAGCCAUUCGUUCUAAUAAGUUCAGCAUUAAGUCUGAUGUGUGGUCAUUUGGAAUCCUUCUUUAUGAAAUCAUUACUUAUGGAAAAAUGCCUUAUAGUGGUAUGACAGGUGCUCAGGUAAUUCAGUUGUUGAGUCAAAACUAUAGACUCCCACAACCACCUAAUUGCCCAGAGCAGUUCUACGCCAUCAUGUUAGAGUGCUGGAAAGCAGAACCUAAGGAGCGACCGGCGUUUGAGACACUACAGUGGAAGCUUGAGGACUAUUUUGAAACAGACUCUUCUUCAUAUUCAGAUACAAAUAACUUUGUAAGAUGAAUACUGAAGAACAUGGAAUAAUGACAUAGCAAAAAAUUAAAUAAUAAAGCCCAGGAUUGCAAUCU